AUGAACUUAUCCUUUCUACUUCUUCACCGCCUUCUCCUCAUUCUCUUUCUAUUCCUCCUUGUUUUGUUUCUACUCCUUUGUUGCUACACCUCCUUCUUUCUUGUUCAUACUCCUCCUCCUUUCAUUCAUACUCCUUUUAUUCCUACGCAUUCUUCUUCUUCUUUCAUCAUACUCCUUAUUAUUAUUCUUUCAUUCAUACUCCUUCUUCUUUUCCUUUCAUUUAUACUCCUUCUUCUUUUCCUUUCAUUUAUACUCCUUCUUCUUUUCCUUUCAUUUAUACUCCUUCUUCUUUUCCUUUCAUUUAUGCUCCUUCUUCUUUUCCUUUCAUUUAUACUCCUUCUUCUUUUCCUUUCAUUUAUGCUCCUUCUUCUUUUCCUUUCAUUUAUGCUCCUUCUUCUUUUCCUUUCAUUUAUACUCCUUCUUCUUUUCCUUUCAUUUAUAUCCUUUUCUUUUCCUUUCAUUUAUAGUCCUUCUUCUUUUCCUUUCAUUUAUAGUCCUUCUUCUUUUCCUUUCAUUUAUAGUCCUUCUUCUUUUCCUUUCAUUUAUAGUCCUUCUUCUUUUCCUUUCAUUUAUAGUCCUUCUUCUUUUCCUUUCAUUUAUACUCCUUCUUCUUUUCCUUUCAUUUAUAGUCCUUCUUCUUUUCCUUUCAUUUAUACUCCUUCUUCUUUUCCUUUCAUUUAUACUCCUUCUUCUUUUCCUUUCAUUUAUACUCCUUCUUUUCCUUUCAUUUAUACUCCUUCUUUUCCUUUCGUUUAUACUCCUUCUUUUCCUUUCGUUCAUACUCCUUCUUUUUCUUUCGUUCAUACUCCUUCUUUUCCUACUCAUUCUUCUUCUUCUUUCAUUCAUACUCUUUAUUAUUAUUCUUUCAUUCAUACUCUUUAUUAUUAUUCUUUCGUUCAUACUCCUUCUUCUUCAUUCGUUCGUAGUCUUUCUUCUUCUUUCGUUCGUAGUCUUUCUUCUUCUUUCGUUCGUAGUCUUUCUUCUUCUUCUUUCGUUCGUAGUCUUUCUUCUUCUUCUUUCGUUCGUAGUCUUUCUUCUUCUUCUUUCGUUCGUAGUCUUUCUUCUUCUUCUUUCGUUCGUAGUCUUUCUUCUUCUUCUUUUUCGUUCGUAGUCUUUCUUCUUCUUCUUUCGUUCGUAGUCUUUCUUCUUCUUCUUUCGUUCGUAGUCUUUCUUCUUCUUCUUUCGUUCGUAGUCUUUCUUCUUCUUCUUUCGUUCGUAGUCUUUCUUCUUCUUUUCGUUCGUAGUCUUUCUUCUUCUUCUUUCGUUCGUAGUCUUUCUUCUUCUUCUUUCGUUCGUAUCUUUCUUCUUCUUCUUUCGUUCGUUCGUAGUCUUUCUUCUUCUUCUUUCGUUCGUAGUCUUUCUUCUUCUUCUUUCGUUCGUAGUCUUUCUUCUUCUUCUUUCGUUCGUAGUCUUUCUUCUUCUUCUUUCGUUCGUAGUCUUUCUUCUUCUUCUUCUUUCGUUCGUAGUCUUUCUUCUUCUUCUUUCGUUCGUAGUCUUUCUUCUUCUUCUUUCGUUCGUAGUCUUUCUUCUUCUUCUUUCGUUCGUAGUCUUUCUUCUUCUUCUUUCGUUCGUAGUCUUUCUUCUUCUUCUUUCGUUCGUAGUCUUUCUUCUUCUUCUUUCGUUCGUAGUCUUUCUUCUUCUUCUUUCGUUCGUAGUCUUUCUUCUUCUUCUUUCGUUCGUAGUCUUUCUUCUUCUUCUUUCGUUCGUAGUCUUUCUUCUUCUUCUUUCGUUCGUAGUCUUUCUUCUUCUUCUUUCGUUCGUGAUCUUUCUUCUUCUUCUUUCGUUCGUAGUCUUUCUUCUUCUUCUUUUCUCUUUCUUCUUCUUCUUUUCGUUCGUAGUCUUUCUUCUUCUUCUUUCGUUCGUAGUCUUUCUUCUUCUUCUUUCGUUCGUAGUCUUUCUUCUUCUUCUUUCGUUAGUAGUCUUUCUUCUUCUUCUUUCGUUCGUAGUCUUUCUUCUUCUUCUUUCGUUCGUGAUCUUUCUUCUUCUUCUUUCGUUAAGUUCUUUCUUCUUCUUCUUUCGUUGUUAGUCUUUCUUCUUCUUCUUUUCUUUAAAUCUUUCUUCUUCUUCUCGUUAAUUAUAGUCUUUCUUCUUCUUCUUUCGUUCGUAGUCUUUCUUCUUCUUCUUCUUUUUCUUCUUCUUCUUCUUUUUCGUAGUCUUUCUUCUUCUUCUUUGGAUCGUAGUCUUUUCUUCUUCUUCUUUUGGUUCGUAGUCUUUCUUCUUCUUCUUCUUUCUUCUUCUUCUUUUUUCGUAGUCUUUCUUCUUCUUCUUUCGUUCGUAGUCUUUCUUCUUCUUCUUUCGUUCGUAGUCUUUCUUCUUCUUCUUUUCUUUUUCUCCUUCUUCUUUUUCGUUCUUCUUCUUUUCCUUCUUCUUUCUUUCCUUCCUUUCCUUUUCUUUCUUUCUCCUCCUUUUCUUUUAUUCUUUCUUUCCUACUUCUCCUCUUUCUUUUAUUCUUUCUUUCCUACUUCUCCUCUUUCUUUUAUUCUUUCUUUCCUACUUCUCCUCUUUCUUUUAUUCUUUCUCCUUCUUCUUUCUUUCCUACUUCUCCUUCUUCUUUUAUUCUUUCUCCUUCUUCUUUCUUUCCAACUUCAUCUUAUACUUUCAUUCUUACUCCUCCUUCUUUCAUCUUUUUCCAUUUCUUCUCCUCUCUUUCUCAUUAUGUUUCCUUUUCUAUCAUUCUCUUUUCUCAUUAGCUCCCACUCUUUCUCUCCUUCCACCUUCUUUCUACUUCAUCUCAUUUCUCCUCGGAUUUCUCUUCUCAUUCCACUUCUUUCUCAUUCACCUCCUACUCUUGAUUUCCCUUCAUCUCCCUCUUCUCUUUCCUCCUCCUGUAUUCCCAUUUUUUUAUUCUUUUUUCUUUUCUGGGUCACUGUCUGCUGUGCACUCACAGUUCAUUUUCUAAAUCCUUUUUUUUUUUACCAUUUAUUCAAUUAG